AUGUCUGGAGACGAGAUGAUUUUCGAUCCCAACAUGACCAAGAAAAAAAAGAAGAAGAAGAAGCCCUUCAUGCUGGAUGAGGAAGGAGGAGAUGGGUUAGGAGGUGAAGAAGUAAAAGAGGUAGAGGUGAGAGAGGCAGAACCAGAGGCUGGUGAUGACAAGGACCUGGAUAUGGAUGAAGAUGAUAGUAGAAAGAAAGAAACAUCUGAUGAUUUGAAUGAUCUCAACUUUUUCAACCAGAAAAAAAAGAAAAAGAAACCCAAAAAGGUGUUUGAAAAUGACAUCGAGGAGGGGAUGAAAGAGCUUAAAAUUGAGGGCGACCAAAGUGAUGUUCUCGAGGAGGACAACCUAGACCUGAUGCUUCCAGACAAAAAGAAGAAGAAGGCCAAAAAAGUCGAUUUCGAGGAAGGGGAACCCAUUGAGAAGGAUGACGCACUGGAGGAUGAUGAGGGGAAAAACAAUGAUGGCAUUUCAUUCAGUUCCACCACUGGACCAGCCUGGGCUGGCUCUGAAAGAGACUAUACAUAUGAUGAGCUCCUGAACAGAGUUUUCAACAUUAUGAGGGAAAAGAACCCAGACAUGGUGGCGGGAGAGAAGAGGAAGUUUGUGAUGAAGCCCCCUCAAGUGGUGCGAGUGGGGACCAAAAAGACCUCUUUUGUCAACUUCACAGAUAUUUGCAAAUUGUUGCAUCGUCAGCCCAAACAUCUUCUCGCCUUUCUACUGGCUGAGCUGGGAACAAGUGGUUCCAUUGAUGGUAACAACCAGCUUGUGAUCAAAGGAAGAUUUCAACAGAAACAGAUAGAAAACGUCUUGAGAAGAUACAUCAAGGAGUAUGUGACGUGCCACACCUGCCGCUCUCCAGAGACCAUCCUGCAGAAGGACACCCGCCUCUAUUUCCUGCAGUGCGAGACGUGCCACUCGCGCUGCUCCGUGGCUAGCAUCAAGACUGGUUUCCAGGCCGUGACGGGCAAGAGGGCGCAGCUCCGCGCCAAAGCCAACUGA